AUGGUUCACUUCUUGCACCUGGGCCUCUCAUCCCCGACCAUGGUCCUCCCAGACGCUCAGAAGGAUGCUUUGGGCUACUGCGUGGUGACGGAGGAGUCAUCUCCCCACUCUUUGGUCAAUAUAUGCUUGAACGUCCUUAUUGCUAACCUGGAGAAAUUGUGUUCUAAAAGACCUGAUGGGACACUGUGCCUUCCGGAGCAUUGGAAUAUCCCUCAGGAAGUGGCUGAUCGAUUUCUUGGAGUGAUGACUUGGGAAGGCAAGCUGACUGAUAGAACAGCGAGUAUUUUCCAAGGCAACCAAAUGAAGCUGAAGCUGGCCAAUAUCCAAAAAGCUAAGCUUUCUCCAUCUGCAUUCCUGAAAGCCUUCUGCCAUCACAAGCUCACUGAGCUGAAUGCUACUGCAGUACACACAGACCUUCCAGUCCAAGACAUCGUAAGUGGACUCUGCAGCAAUAGCUGGAUCCAGCAAAAUCUUCAGUGUCUCCUGUUGGACUCCACAAGUAUCCCUACAGAUUCAAGUAUAUACUUCUUUGGAAAGCUCACCGGCCUUCGUGUUUUAAGCGUUUUUAAUGUUUGUUUUCAUAAUGAAGACCUAGCUAAUGUUUCUCAGUUACCAAGACUGGAGAGCUUGGAUAUAUCCAAUACCUUGGUCACCAACAUCUCUGCUCUCCUUACCUGUAAGGACCGUCUCAAAUUUCUCACAAUGCACUAUCUGAAAUGCCUGACUAUGACCAAACCACAAGUUCUUGCAGUCAUUAAAGAACUUAAAUGCCUGCUUCACCUUGAUAUUUCUGACCACAGGCAACUCAAAUCAGACCUAGCUUUUUAUUUGCUACAGCAGAAGGAUAUCCUGCCUAAUGUGGUGUCACUGGAUAUUUCUGGGGGCAGUUACAUCACUGAUGGAGCUAUAGAAGUAUUUAUUCAGCAGCGGCCUACAAUGCAGUUUGUGGGAUUAUUGGCUACGGAUGCUGGUUAUUCUGACUUCUUUACUACAAAGCAAGACUUGAGGGUUGCUGGAGGAGCCAAUCUGAGUCAGAUUUCAGAAGCACUGAGCAGAUACAGGAACCGGGCAUGUUUUAUGAAGGAAGCUCUCUACAGACUCUUUACAGAGACGUUUUCAGUGCAGAUAACUAUGCCUGCCAUUUUAAAGCUUGUGACUACAGGAAUGAGGAACCAUCCAUUGGACUUGCCAGUGCAGUUCACAGCCAGUGCUUGUGCCCUCAACUUAACGCGCCAGGGCCUGGCCAAGGGAAUGCCUGUUCGUCUAUUGUCAGAGUUUACCUGUCUGCUUUUCAAGGCCCUGAAAAAUUUCCCCCAUUACCAGCAGUUACAGAAGAACUGCCUACUUUCCUUAACCAAUUCCAGGAUUCUUGUGGAUGUUCCAUUUGACAGAUUUGAUGCUGCCAAAUUUGUCAUGAGAUGGCUCUGUGACCGUGAAAACCCCAAGAUGCAAACAAUGGCAGUGAGCAUCACCUCUCUUCUAGCCCUGCAGCUCUCACCUGAACAAAGUGCACAACUCAAGGGAGAGCUCCUUAUGGCGGUCAAAGAGCUUCUAGCAAUAGUAAAACAGAAGAUGAUUGAGAAUUUAGAUGAUGUCACCCUCUUGUUUACUUUGAAAGCACUUUGGAAUCUUUCAGAUGAUUCUCCAGCUGUGUGCAAGCACUUUAUUGAAAAUGAAGGAUUGGCAAUCUUCAUCCAAGUCUUGGAGACUUUUUCAGAGUCAGCAAUACAAAUCAAAGUUCUUGGCUUUUUGAACAACAUAGCCGAAGUCAAAGAGCUGUCUUCCAACUUGGUGACCGAAGAUGUGGUGAAGCAUAUCAGCGGUUUGCUCCAUAGCAAAGAAAUGGAAGUCAGCUAUUUAGCUGCAGGCAUUAUAGCCCAUCUUGCAUCUGACAAAGAAUCCUGGAUGUCCCUUGGCCUACAGAGGAGUUCUCUUCUUCAGGACCUGCAUGCCACCAUCCAGAACUGGCCAAGUUCAAAUUGUCACAUGACAGCAGUGGUGACCUACAGAUCUUUCAAGGCAUUUUUCCCACUCCUUGGCAACUUCUCUCAGCCAGAAGUACAGCUAUGGGCACUGUGGGCCAUGUACCACGUCUGCAGUAAAAACCCCAGCAAAUACUGCAAAAUGUUAGUUGAAGAAGAAGGAUUGCAACUUUUGUGUGAUAUCCAGGCUCACAAGGGUGCAGACUCCGAAGCACUCCAGAUUGCAACUGCCAUUCUAGAUGACUUCAGAAUGCAUUUCAUGAAUUAUCAGAAACCCCUCUCUGUCAAAUUCCCCUAA